UGCGCGCUCCCCAAAGAGCGAGACGCGUUUUUUUUCCCAGAAAUAUGAUGCCUCCCGCGCGUCCUCGCCUGUUGGUCGCUGCUGUUUCAGAAAUGCCACCCAAGGACGACAGCUACACCGUGUAGGAGGAGCUAGCGGCGUGUUUCCGUUAAGAGUAGGCCGAGAUGGCGAUCUAAGCAGCCACACUGAAUGUGAGCUAACAGCGGCCGAAGAUUGGGCAGCUACUACCGGAAACCGAUUCACUACUAAUUCUUUAAUUACCGGGAAGCUGUGGUUCUUCGUUUUGGGCUGGGCGUAAAGAAAGAGUGGCAGCUGAACUGGAAGCAAUGGAAGCCGAGUUCUUGGAAAUCGAUGAGAACGAGAGGUGGAGCGCCAUUUACCAGGAGAUUCGCCAGCAGUCCAGCGAGUGCGCAUGCAAUGAUGCCAAACUGCCUGAAAACAAGACUCGAAACCGUUACAGGGAUGUCAGCCCAUUUGACCACAGCAGAAUACACCUGCAGCUGGGUUCCAACGACUACAUCAAUGCCAGCCUGAUAACUGUUGAAGAGGCUCAGAGAAAUUAUAUUCUUACUCAGGGACCCCUGCCGAGUACGUGUGGCCAUUUCUGGGAGAUGGUCUGGGAGCAGAGGACCCACGGUGUGGUGAUGCUAAACCGGGUCAUAGAGAAAGGAUCUAUUAAAUGUGCUCAAUACUGGCCGCAAAGAGAGGAGAAGGACGCCAUCUUUGAAGACACCAACUUCAAGGUGACUCUCGUCUCAGAGGACAUCAAAUCUUACUACACAGUCCGACAGCUGGAGCUGGAAAACCUGUUGACUCACGAGACGCGUGAGAUUUUACAUUUUCACUACACCACCUGGCCUGAUUUCGGGGUACCAGAGUCUCCCGCCUCCUUCCUCAACUUUCUGUUCAAGGUGCGAGAGUCUGGCUGUCUGAACUCAGAGCAUGGACCUGUGGUGGUCCACUGCAGCGCUGGUAUCGGACGCUCUGGGACCUUCUGCCUUGUGGACACUUGCCUCUUGUUGAUGUCUCUUCGUAAGGACCCGUCAUCGGUGCGUAUUCGCGAUGUGCUGCUGAAGAUGCGGCAGUAUCGAAUGGGUUUGAUCCAAACUGCGGAUCAGCUUCGCUUCUCUUACCUGGCUGUCAUCGAAGGUGCCAAGUACAUCAAAGGAGAUAAAUCUCUCCAGGAAUCGUGGAAAGAGCUCUCUAACGAGGAAGAUGAUCCUCCGGAGUCCCCUCCCCCUCCCCCUCCUCCUCCGAGAGACCCUCACAAUGGCAAAGUGCAGCCACCUUUUUUCCCUGAUAAAGAAGAGGUCAUCCUGAGGGAAGACCUGCGACAGAGGAUCUUAACCGCUGCAAGGCCUCCUUCUGAUAGGGCUGGUCAGCCGGACCGGCAUGUGGGAAUACCUCAUUCCACAGCUCCCAACACAUCCCAGCAGGAGGAGGAUGAGCCGAAGGCAGCGGAGCAGCCAAAGGAAAGCUCUCCUGUGCCGGGGAACUGGUCCCCUUUCCUAGUCAACGUGUGUCUCUGCACAGCGGUGACCCUCAGUGCUUACAUUUUUUAUCGAGCCUAUUUCCACUGAUGUCUCUUUCCUCUUCCUGAUUGUUUUUGUUCUGUGUCACAAAGUGGACUUGGCUGCCUCACCAGCCUGCUCUGACUCUGUCAGUGAGCUUUUGUUCUAUUCAGGUUGACCUGUUGUUAUUUUUAUAGCUGCAGCAGGAGGAGCUGCCACUAAUUACCCAAACGUCGUUUCUGUACGCCAUCACAGACGCUCAGGACCUCAGUUCUUCAGGUGCCACAACCCAAACGUACGUGUGUGUCUAUGUGUGUGUCUGUCAAGUACAUCAGACUGCGGCUGUUGGGAGGGGUUGUCUCCAAGCUGCUGGUCUGGGAACCAGGAUGAGAACCCUGUCUGCCCGUUUUAUAUGCAUCUUAUUUACCAAAAUGACAAUUUUGAAUGUGACUUUCUGUUUUCUUUUUCAUUAAGAUUUAACUUUUUGUUUUAUUUUUUAGCCCACUUGCUAACACAGAUGGGUCUGAAAUGUUCAGUCCUGAUUUUUGACAAGCCAGUCAGAAAACACGCCAGUAGAGGGGGGGGGGGGGGGUUAAAGCGGAGUGUGUAUAGAAAUAAAAAAGUGAAUUCAUGCUCACUGAUUGCAUGCAGAUGUGGGCUUGGAACUGUGAUCUGUCCACACUAGUCGCCUCUGAUUGGCCGGUUGAGUGUGUCUUGUGUGUAUCUGUACAUUUGUGUAUCUGUGCGCGCGCCUGUUCAACCUGCUCCAUGUCUCGUUAACAGGAAGUAAAAUGUGAGAUGUGGACAGAGCGGCGUCCUCUUCGUUUCCCUCUCUGGUGGCUCAAGGUGUGAAACUAAAUUGUGCAGGGGGUGGGGUGGGGAAUCACCUUGCCAGUGUUGUCUGCCAGCAAUAAAGUCAGUUUGAAGCAUCUGAGUGAGAUGUGGAGUGUGGGACCAGGGACUGAACAAACCAAAAAUCAAAUACCAGCACAGGGAUGAUGACGAUACACUGUACUGAUUGUGACCCUGAGCUGGCAGUAUUCUUUUGUAUGAUUAGUGUUUAAUUUUCUUUUAGCAUGCUGCAUUUGUGAAUCCACAGGUUUAUCCUAAGAAGAGAUUAGUUAAGCUGCUACCAUUCGUUUACCUUUGGGAUACGACAAAGUUCAACAGCUGUACCUUUCUUUAGAAUGUAUAAAUGUCCUCUAGGGACAUACCUUUAAUAAAUUUAUAUAUAAAUAUAUAUUUCCAAUCAGGUUUAAGUGUGCUGAGUUCUUUUUUUCUGCUUUGAAUGAAAACUCAGUAUCAUGUUUUCCUGUUUUCUAUAUGCUGAGCUACAAAAAAAAUGUAUUUUUUUUAAUUUACAUUUGUUUUCAUUUUUAAAUAAAAAGUAAAAAAAAGUUU